UAUUGAGAUAACAUACAGAUACAGCACAGAUCUAAUCUGAGCUCGCGUGUCGUGCACGACACACCUACGCGUAGUUGCACAGUGAUGGUUUAGUGUAUAGUGACGCGAGUGGAACUAUGGAGGAGAACUGCCAGAGACUGAAACAAGGCGAUCUGUUGAUGGUUAGUGACGCUCCUCUGGACCUGAGAGGUUCUAGCUUGGACGCACCAGAAGUUAAAACCGAAAAAGAAAAAUCCGCCAAGAAGUCCGGACAACAUCAACUCAUUAAACCUCCUUAUUCAUACAUCGCCCUCAUCACCAUGGCUAUAUUACAGUCCCCUCACAAGAAACUCACUCUCAGCGGAAUUUGCGAGUUCAUCAUGUCCAGGUUCCACUACUACCGAGAGAAAUUCCCUGCUUGGCAGAAUUCUAUACGACACAACCUGUCGUUGAACGAUUGUUUCAUCAAGAUUCCGAGAGAGCCUGGUAAUCCUGGAAAAGGCAACUAUUGGACGUUAGAUCCCUUGGCAGAAGACAUGUUUGACAACGGAAGUUUCUUGAGAAGACGGAAGCGGUACAAACGCCCUUCACCGAACAUGAUGCUGAGAGAUCACCAUGCUUCAGCGAUGGUAGCCUCGUUUUUGUCCAGCCAGGAGAACUACCAUCACAACCUUUUUGCUCACAACACUAUCCAUAAUCCAUAUCCAUACUUACCGAGCAUGCCAGGUGGACUGCCUGCGAACCUGUCACUUCUAACGCCUAUGGACCUAUCAAGAAUCAGCCUCGGGCCACUGGGGAUCAUUCCUCAGCCGACGAUCUGCAAGCCUGUUCCAGUGCAAGCACCGGUCACUCCAGUGUCUGAUACGGAAGACUACAUGCCGACGGAAAUCACCAAAAAGAUCAAAAAUGGCUUCUCGAUAGACUCUAUUAUGGGUAACGCAGAAAAAAGUAAAGACAUGAAAGCAGAGAGCAACAAUGAUGUUGGGUUGAGGAUACACAACCAAAUGUCGGCGUUCUCGCCUCUAUCUGUGAGUAGUGAUGAUUGGACUAGGUGAAACUUUUUUGACAAUGACUGUUACUAGAUGUACAAAUUGACAUAAAUCUCGCUAAUCAACUGUUUGGUUGAGGACACUUUAAGAUCUAGAUUGAUUGGAGACACAGCUUCAUAUAAGCAAGAUCCAGCGAUACAAACGCAGGUAGUCAUUUCUGAUAACUUUCACUGAUUUUCUUUGCUUUUUCACCGGGCUUCAAUGAGUCAAUUCCUCAUAACAUUCUUCCACUAGAAGAUGUUUUAACUGAACGACCAUUUAAGUUGUUCUCGGAGUUGAAUAAUCGAACUUUGGUUAAAGUAAAUAAUCAUGACUUUAACGUACAGUUUGCAGAAAAGCUACUUUUUAUUCAGAAGGGCAUUUGUAAAAUAAAUUCAACUUUGCACUGAAUUAGUUAUUUCUAUGGGUAUUUAUUUCAUUUUUGUACUGAUAAGCCAACAUUAGAUAUGUCACAACGUAUAUUCAACACAAAUAUGAAGCCUGAUUACUACUGAAAUUAGAAUUUUGAAAUUAAUUUGGAUCCUGCUGUGCAGUGAUGAUUUCAUACUGUUAUGAUAAUUUUGACAUAGAAAUCAGAAUCAGGUGUCAAAUUUAUGGCGGAUAUAUGUUCAAAGAAUCCGCACGUUGUUGGUUCAAUACAAUUUACAGUUUAAUUCAGAUCAUUCUUAAUUUCAUUAUCAGAUUUUUGGAAAAAUACACUCAUUAUCCGGCUACUUACAGAUAGUUUAUCAUGAUUAUAUCGUUACGGAAUGAUUUUUUUAUUUUUCGUGAAAAUUUGCGAUUGUAUGUGCUGUGCUUAUUCAACAUCAUCUAAAACAAUUAAUUGUGUCCCCGUAAUCAAUUUUAAACCUCGACCAAAGAUGCCACUUAAAAAUUAUUUGCAGAAUAAUACUUUGCGAUAAAACUUUAGCAUUUUUUGUUUUUUUUUUUUGGCGC